GGUGCUGAUGACGUGUUCAGAACAACCGAACGUUUCGAACACAUCGAACGCAUCGAACAAGAACGUCUGUUCCAGGUUCGAAUAUUCGAAUGUUCAUAUCUCAAUCAAGUUUGCCCUUCGAUCGUGUCUACUUCACUUGUUGACGAAGGAAAACGUCUUUUGAUUUCUAGAGAUGUCAUUUAGGAGCUUCCUUUACCUCUACAGCCAUCACUCGUAGAUGUACAAGACAGAUAUGUGGUCUUGGCGGGAAUCCAUGUUUCAAAGACUCCUCCUGGCCACCAUCUUAAUGCUGCAGUUACACGUCGCUUUUUCUGACGUCGACGAGUGUGCAGCCGGAACUGAUAACUGCGCACAAGUGUGCGAGAACACAGAUGGAGGUUUCAACUGUUCCUGUUGGCCAGGGUUCACGCUUCAGGACAACGGGCAGUACUGCGAUGGCCCAAAGAUAGACUUGUACAUGGAGCUGCAGUGGCAAGCAAUGGGGUACUAUUGGGUCCCUUCGAUGUACUGCAGACCUGAGAUGGACGGUUUGACCCCUAUAGACGGUUACCACAUCGGACUUGAAUUAGACACAGGUUAUGGCACCAGCAUCAGCUACCUGACAUACGGAACGCAAUACAAGACUAAAGUAAAUGCUGAUGGGGUACCGUACGGUAUUGAAUUCCACCGUGACGCCGGCAGCUUUCGCACUAACGCCUAUUCCUGUAAAACUACCCGUAAUGGGCUAACACGGAAAGUCAUCGGUAUAGCUAUGUUGGAUGAAGCAUACUAUAGACCCAAGGGGUUUACUGUUACUGUGAAUAUCAACGAAAGUGCCACCCUUGAGAUGUUCUUGGCGAACGCGCUUCCUGGCGGCCAUGACGGUUCUACAGAAUGGAAGAAGGAUGGCACAGUUUUACCGGAAGUCGACAAUGAUUGCACACUCACCAUCGCCAAUGUCCAGAUGUCGGAUGAAGGUUUGUACGAGUGCUACCCGACGGGCAGGUACAGUGAAAGCAAACAGGGCAUCGUAAGGCUCAUCGUUAGAGAGUGCCCGGAGGGGAAGUGGGGACCUCCAGAUUGCACAGGGGACUGUGUCGAGUGCCACUGGCAAGGGGUUUGUGAUGACGAGACCGGACAAUGCAUCUGUUUUCCAGGAUACGGCGGACUACACUGCGACAUACGUUGCCCCGACAAUUACUACGGGGACUCCUGUAUCGCCAAAUGUAACGGUUUUUGCUUUUAUAAGCCGAUCUGUGGUCCGGAUCCGUUAGGAUGUAGAUGCUACACUGGUUUCACUCAUCCAAGUGAUAGCUUCAAUCCAUGUUUCUCUAAAUGUAAUGCUGGUACAUACGGCCCUGACUGUCUGUACACGUGUCGCUGCGCACUGGGGGACCUGUACUGUAGCUUCAAGGACGGCAAGUGUAGCAGUGGUGGCUGUGAAGCCGGUUGGGAGGGGACAUCAUGUCAUAUAGACAUAGACGAGUGCAACGUGGGGACACACAACUGCGAGCAGAUUUGCAACAACAAUCCUGGAAGCUUCACGUGCUCCUGCAACGAGGGGUACAGGUUGUCCAGCAAUGGAUGGGACUGCGUAGGUAUCCUGACAUCCCUCACCAUUGCGGCAACCCAAACCCAACAUGGCGGAAUAUCAGUCACAUCUGAUGAUGCACAAAAUGGCUACCUUGCUACAGACCAUGUCAUCACCCUCGUGGUUUUGCAAGUUACAGGAGACAUAGAGUCUACUUCGUGGACUUUAGAUGGCGUCACCAUGCCGAAUGCCUUCAUGUUACCAGAAGGAGUUUACAGCAUCACGGGCAACGCUACCAACGAAUAUUCCAAUCAGACGAGGCAGCUGACAGUCACUGUUGUAGAGUGCAUCCACGGGGUACACAUUUUUCACGUGGGAACAGAGAGUCAGUUACCAGACAAUGUGUCCCCACCGACCGGUUACGCCGUGUGUCAGCAUCCCGUCAGGUUCCUCGUCCUCGUCAAACAGGUCGGUUUCAACGCCUCUUACACCGUCAGCAUCGGCGACAGCAUCGGCUUCGAGAUUCCAACUCUCGUCAGUUACAGCCAAGCGGGUAACAUGACUCUCUACGAACAUCUUGUGCCUUACAACCUGUCAGACUAUCAACUCUACACCUUUACACACACGUUUCAGGACAAGGAGAUAUCCAAUGUAACAGUCAGGGGAACGAACGUGGUGUCAGAUUCAGUUUCGUCUGUACUUAUGACAGCACAGUAUCCUGUAACGAGUAUCCAUAUUCCUGAGUCUGGCUUUUCGACGUAUCCAGAUCCUCUGGUCUUAGACAUCUCCUUGCUGGACGCCCAAUUGCCAACAGAUCUGUACUACAACGUGUCUUACGGCGAUGGAACCAGUGACACAGAGGUGUAUGUCGGCGAUGUGUACAGUCCCAGUCAUCCCAGGUUUGCAGUGAUUCACUUGUUCAUACCCGGAUCCUACGUGUCUUACAUCACGGUAUACAAUCAGGUCAGCUCGAUAAAUGGAACCGUAUACGUGACGCAGGAUUUCCUGUUCUUGUACAUGAAUAUCACGGCGUAUUCGAAGUUUUCUCAAGUAGAAAACGGGCAGGUGCUGUAUCAAGGAGUAUACAGAGAAGGACAGGGACCUUAUGAAAGCAUAUUUCCAGGACUUCCCCUUCUCAUGCCAGUGGAGUUUGAGUACGAAGUUCCACAUGGGACGAUGGACGACGUGCUUGAAUCUUCAUGGUAUGUGGACGACGUGUUGAUACCGGACAUCAUGAACCUGUCAUACACGUUCAACCAGCUUGGCACAUUUUUUGUGGAUGCUGUUGCCGUCAACCAAUAUGCUUACAUGGCUGGAGAAUUCCAGGUGGACAUGUACGAAACAAUAACGGACCUUUUCAUCGCCAAUAACGGACCGGUGUUCAUCGGAGACCCCGUGUACUUUGGCGUGUUCGCCAAAACUCCGGGAACUGCUAGUACGUAUGUGUUGCAGUUAUUUGAGGGGGAUCCGAACCCAGUCACCAUUGAUUCACCGAUCAAGAACGAAACCCUGCUGUUAGAAGUUGAGCGAAUAUUCCAGGCGGUUAACUUUCCAUUCAGCCUCUCGGAGAUGCACAUGACAGUUCACUCCUUCGUGUAUCCCCACGCCGACACAUACAGCGUCAGGCUCGACGCAAGCAACGUCAUUUCUACCGGAUUUUCCGAAACAACCGCGACCGUGCAGUUGAUUCCUUGUUUCAAGCCAGUUGUCCACAUAAACGAUGGAGGAACUAGUUCACCUGCUCACCCAGCACCUUACAGAAGAGACCAAGACAUCGACUUCAUCGUCAGCAUUCAACUCAAUUGUCCAGGUGUCAAACAAAGGACAUUUGAGUGGAAAGCCUACGAAAUGACAGAGCUGCAAACGGUUCCGCAACCUGCCAACGAAAUCCAGCUCAAUGUGAACACGGCUAACGGGAGUAACCAGAUCAAUAUACCGAAGCACACCGUUGGCUAUGGGCGGUACAUCCUGGCGUUUUAUUUGACUGAGAUAAAGCUGGAAAUUCACGAAGGGCAUGAUACGGAACCAGAGAUUAGUAACUCAGACUACACGUGGUUCGAGGUCGUGGAGAGUCCCAUGGUUACAAGGAUAUCUGGCGGCUCAUUGCUUUCCACAGGAUGGAAUUCGACGUUCCAUAUAAACGCCUCCAGCUCGUACGACCCAGACGCCCCCGUGUCUGCCGCUACCAGCGGACUGACGUACAAAUGGCAGUGCCGACAUGAAAAUGAGACCUUUCCUGAUGACUCUGACGAGGAAACAACAGGAGGAUGCCUGGGACUUAUUGGAAUGGUCUGGCCAGUGGAAGACAGCUCUGAUCCAGUUCUAGUCGUUCCAGCGAUGUCAUUAGAGGGUGGAAAAUCCUACGUGUUCCGAGUUUCUAUGACCAAGCCUGGCAGACCCUCGGGAAGUUUUGCAGAGAAGACCAUCGUUGUUUUGCAAGGAUAUCCGCCUACUCUGGAAGGAAUCUGGUGUUUGCAGAACUGUGGACAGUACUUGAACCCGUCGGAGCGCCUGGUUAUAAGCGGCAGGUGUAUGGACUGUACCCCCGAGACCCGCCCCAGGUACCUGUGGAGCCUGGUACCGGAGCCAGGGAACAGUAAGCAGGGUGUAGACUGGGACACAGAAACACUCACGGGUAGAGAAAAGGCGUUUCUGUCGGUACAGGCAGAAACGUUCAAGGUCGCAGACGUAGCGGAAACAUUCACCCUGCGAAUCGAUGUUUUCAGCUGGAGUGGAGCGUCUGCUUACGCACUUUACAGCUUCACCACCAACGCCCCUCCAACUCUGGGAACGUGUUCCGUCAUUCCGGAUUCUGGGACUGUGAUGGAAACGCUGUUCCAGAUCAAAUGUUCCGGAUUUACGGACGAAAACGUACCCCUGAAAUACCGCUUCUUUGCCUUCAUUGGGGAAGAGAAAUCCGGAACCGGAGAUGCGUCGCAAGGCAGUAUGGUUUAUUACGGUAUGGACAGCAAAUCUCCGCCUAUAUACCUGCCACUUGGAGACAAGGACAAAAACUAUCUGGUCACCAUCGUCAUCACAGUUUCUGACACCGAGGGGGCAAGCUCAAGGACAACUACAACGGUCCAGGUUAAUGAGCCCGAGGAAAUGGAGGACGCGGCGACUAUGCUGGCUCACACGGACUCGGAGCUGAGUGGCCUGUUGGAGGCAGGAGACACGAGCGCCGCGGUGGAGAUCGUCAACAUGGUCACCUCCGUCAUCAACACCAGGGAGGACGACGGCGCACAGGAGAAGGAGAAGAAGCAGGUCUCAGCUGCUUCUAAGAUAGAGGAAAUGGCGUCGUUUCUACAAACGAAGACACAGGAUGGCACAACAGGCGGUGCAGAGGUGCAGUCUGCUGCCGAGGUUCUUGUCGCAGGGGUGGCGAACAUUGUCAAGGCUGCUGCUAAGAAGGCACCGAAGGAGGCUGGAGAAACGGAUGACGAAGAUUCUUCCAGCGUUUCAGCAUCCUCCUCCACAGUGAUGAAGCAGUCCCUGAAGGCCAUAGCUGAAGUACAGGAGGCUAUCCUCAGCACUAAAGCCCCUGGUGAGGAGCCCACGGUCCUGUCUACCCCCAGUCUAGCUGUGAUGGUGCUGCGCGAGGAACGCUGGGAUUUUAAAGGCGGUUUGCAGCUGCAGGAGAGUCAUGGCAGCUGGUUCUCACUUCCGACCGGAGACAAGCUCUUUGAUGACGACAGCGUGGGUUUUGAUCAGGUCAUUGACAUGCACAUGAAUCAUUUCGACAAUAACCCCUUCCAAUGGGCUGCUAACGUCAGUCUGGAACAGAAGGUCGCUUCCCUGGACUUCAGCACAUUAGGUGAGCACAUUCCCUCCCGGAAACUGCCGGAGAAGCUGGACAUUGCUAUCCCACGUGACAGCACCCGGGACGUCUGGAACACCGUUAAUAUGCCUAAUGACAUCUUCGGGAUUGCAGCGUUCAUCAACUUUAAUGUAUCUGCCUUAUACGAAAACCACGUGGUAAUCGUCCUAGUAAGGCCCUCUAUCCCAGACGCACAGCUGACUCUGUAUCUUGGGGAAAACACGAAUCCAACGUUCACCAACUACACAGCUGUUUGGGACCUUCCUUUCGCAGCGGACUACGCUGUUGAGGUUGGUUCAGGUGGGAACAUUACAGCCGACCCUUACCAGUGGCAGAUCGGCGUACUGAACGCGACGUCCAUCUAUUAUCUGGGCAUUACUUAUAAUGAAUCAGCACUGGACGGUGGUGCUGCUGGUGAGGACCUGGUGUUGGAGCUGUUGCUGUUCUCCACCACCUGUCUCUACUUCAACGAGACGUCCUCACUGUGGGAAGACGAAGGGUGCCAGGUUGGACCAUUGACCACGCCUAAUCGCACACACUGCAUCUGUGACCACCUCACUCCGUUCGGCUCCAAAUUCUUCUUCCCGCCCAACAAGAUCGACAUCUUAGCUUCUCUGAUGAAGUUCAGGAACUUGGCAGACAAUCCGGUUGUCACCAUCGUUGUAUCCGUCAUCCUCGGGCUGUACCUCAUUGCAAUAUUCUGGGCACGAAGAAAAGACAAGGAAGACGAGACUAAAGUUGAGACUAUGGCAUUGCAUGACCUUGACCCAAUGGACAUGUAUCGAUAUGACGUCACCAUUAUUACCGGAUUCAGAAGGCAUGCUGGGACGACAGCCAGCGUCAGCCUUCGUCUAAUCGGAGAGGAGGACGAGAGUGAGACCCACAUGGUGUCGGACCCGGUGAGCGACAGGAAGGUCUUACAGCGCGGCGCCAUCGACUCAUUUCUCAUCACCACCCGGGACUCACUGGGAGACCUGAGGGAGAUCAUGGUGUGGCACAACAACGCUGGCAGGAACCCGUCCUGGUUUCUAAGCCGUAUAAUGGUUCAGGACCUGCAGACCAAAAAGCGAUGGUACUUUCUUUGUAACAGCUGGCUGGCGAUAGACAUGGGGGACCGAGAGGUUGAGAAGCACAUCUGCGUGGCGACGGAAGCGGAGCUCCACCAGGCGUCCACCCUGUUCGCCACGAAGGCUGUGUUCGCCCUACAGGACGAUCACCUCUGGUUCUCCAUACUUGCACGGCCUGCCAGGAGCAGGUUCACCAGAGUACAACGCCUAACUUGCUGCGUCUCCGUGCUACUGUGCCAGAUGCUGACAAACAUCAUCUUUUACGGCACAGGGGAUGAGUCCUCCGGAGGGGACAUGAACAUUGGUGGCUUCCGCAUCACGUGGAAAGAACUAGUGAUCGGCGUGGAGUCGGCACUCAUCGCUUUCCCCAUCAAUUUCGUCAUCGUCGCAUUGUUCAAAUAUUCCGCAGAGAAGCCGGAAAGGGAGAAGAAGGAGAGGCAGAGGUGUAGCUGGGCGUGGAAGUGCUGUUGUAAAGGCACUAACCGCGGAAAGCGUCGGCCUAGCACUAAAAAUGUGCCAACACACUGUAGUAAGGAUACCACCAUCGAUGAUCCCGAAAACGUUGUUGACCAUGAAGAUGUGGUGAUUGACGCGCCAGAUGGUGAUGCUGUUGGUGGCCAUGCCAGAAAGCCUCAUCGCAAGAAGAAGAGUUUGAAAACAAGGAUCAGAAGUUGUUGCUGCUGGUUCUCUCCCAGCGAGCCAGAUUCUGACCUGACGGAAGAGGAGAAGGCGCAGUUGUUCAUCAAGGGUAGGGAUAGGUGUGAGUUACCGUGGUGGUGUGUGUACGUGGCCUGGGUUCUGGCGAUCCUGUCAUGUCUAACGGCAGCCUUCUUCACACUCCUCUAUGGUAUGGCGUACGGAAGGCAGAAGUCUAUCGACUGGCUGGUGUCAAUGAUCAUUGGCUUUCUACAGGGUGUGCUAGUUCUGCAGCCCCUGAAGAUGCUGGUCAUCGCUGCCAUCGUUGCUGUGAUUAUCAAGAAGCUGGAUGAAGAAAGUUGGGAACCGAUCGUACCUGAAGAACAUAUUGUUGAUAGCGGGUCUUGGACUUCCCUGGACAUCCAACAGUUUCGCAAGGAUCUACAGAAAAGGCGAGAGAACCCCUUGUACAAGCCCCCGCCUCCUAAAGAUUUGGAGAAAGUCAGAGCAGCAAGAAAGAAGAAUGAUGCCAUGUUUUUCAUAGUUUACGAGACUGCAGCCUUCAUGCUCUUUGCCUUCCUCAUAUUGACCAUCGCACACACAAUGAGGGAGCCAAACGCCUUUCAUCUGGGAAACACCGUUCAUGAGACGUUCUUGGGAGAUGUCGAAGAGAUUCAAGAUCGCUAUGAUGUGUACUUGUGGUUGGAGGAAGAAAUCUUCAUGAACCUAUACGAUUUCUCCAGUCCAUUUACAGCCGAUGGGCAGUCUGUUGUGGUUGGAUCGGUUAGGAUGCGACAAGUGCGCGUGUCAACAGAAGCGUGUACAGCACAGAAGAACGGCGUGGUCGGCACGAGACUACUAUCGCUCUACUUCGACUUUUGCAGCGAAGAUUAUACCAGAGAUAACGCGGUUACAGAACAUUUCCUGACAAGUUGGGUGAGCCCACCGAAGACUGCAAACUUCACCCCAAGUGCUUCGAGCCCAUGGGUAUACCAACACACAGACAGCGUGUGGUCGUUCUCAGGAUACGGUACAGGCGGGUACGUCGCUGAUUUCAACGUCAAGACAGCACAAGCAUACUUCAAGCUGUAUGACCUGGAAGAUCAGAAGUGGAUAGAUCGACAGACCAGAGCCGUAGUUGUUGACUUUACGAUCUACAACGCAAAUGUGGACUUGUUCUGUCUGGUGUCAGUACUCAUAGAGACGCCGGACACUGGGAAUGCCCGCGCAUCGUCGACUGUCCGGAUGAUACGGCUCUACCAGUACAGGCACGCUAUCGACAUGGUGGUACUGAUAUUUCAGGUAGCCUACACACUGGUGAUUAUCUACGAUAUCUAUGCUGCUGUACGCAGAAUUAUUGCUCAGCGAGGGGCGUUCUUCAGGAAUGUUUGGAACCUUAUAGACAUUCUUAUUAUUCUCCUCUCCUUGACAGCAUUUGCCGCCUUCGGUGCUCGUAUGAUACUGACCAACCAAACUCUUGCAAGUUUUAGAAAGAACAAAGCUUCAUUCCUCAACCUUGUACCCGCGAUUGUUGCCGACGAGGCAUUAGUGGCUGUUGUCGCGAUCAUCGCUUUUGUAGGUUGUAUGCGGUGUUGCAGGCUACUUCGGGGCAACAACAGCCUUUACCUGAUCGAAGCAACCCUCACACGGUCCAUGGCGCCAUUGCUGUCACAUGGCCUGAUCAUAGUCAUCAUGAUGAUCGGGUACGCCGUGUUUGGACAUCUUGCCUUUGGUCGCCUAGUCCAGUCGUACUCUUCCUUUCCCCGAGCUCUCGUCACAGUUUUGAACUUUGCCAUCGGGGCCUAUGAGAUCGACGACUAUAUUGCAUCGCCGGUGCUAGGAUCAAUCUUCUUCAUCAGCUUCAUCUUCUCCAUGGGAUUCAUUCUUCUGAACUUCUUUGCCGCCAUCAUGAUGGACAUUUUUACUGUAGAGAAGGAAGAGUUUGAGGUGCCGCAGGAGGGAGAAAUCGUGACUUACACGAUCGAGCGCGUGAAGUCCCUUUUGGCAUUCAAAAAAAGCCGCCAUGAUGAUGACACAGAUAAGCCCUGGACAGGUAACCUAUUAGACGCUCUGCAUAUCAGAAGAAGGAGGAGUGGUGUGAAGCUGAACGUGGGCAUGAGUGAAGACUCACUUGAGGACCUCUCCAGUGACGUGGAACUUGGCCCCCAGUCGGCGUCCGCCGAAUCUCUUGGCUUCGUGCCACGGCUCGAUUGGCCCCCGAGGGGCGCUCGUUUUAGAAACGUGAGCGGAGUCCACAUAUCGGACAAGGAUAAUCCACGAUAGAAAUUUGCAAGAAGUUUGUAAACUUACAUUACAUUACUAAUAGGUUCCUUUGAUUGUUAGUGCUAUAGAGUGGGGAAUGUUUCCGACGAGUCUUGAUAAAUAACUGCAGUGAACUGAGGCUGGAGCUACAUUCAGUCUGGCUCCAUUUUGAUAAUAAUUAUGCGAUUAUUAUAAACGUUGUGUAUGACUUUGCAUGUUUCACAGUUAAGUGUCGCAAGGGUAAUAAUUUUGCUCGAUAAAAAACGCUAAAUCAUAGUACAUUGUACUUAUUUAAGACCGUUCGUGCAGAUGUAAAGACUUUCCUACUCUCGUUAAGUGUUUGGUUGAACUUGUUAAUCAAUAAUACGUUAAGCUUCAUGGUUUUCUUGUUAAAAAUGACUUGUAUUGAGUUAAUAAAAUGUAAGCAGAAAAGUUGC